AUGAGCCCCGGAGGCGAAAGAGCGUUUGAAGGGGGCGAGAGAGUUUCAUUUGAAGCUAGCUCUUACUGUUGUACAACAUAUACACAAGAAGGACAUGAUAUUGACUGUCGUCGAGAACGAGCAUAUGAAUUCGAUUGCACAGAUCUUGGAUAUUGA